AUGGCCAUGUCCCUCUCCCUCACCGUGCCUGCCGCCCCUGCACAGCAGCCGGCCUCCAACGGCACCUCCCCCGCCUCCGCACCUGAUUCUCCGGAACCCAUGUCCCCCGGUCCCAAUGGGCCGUCGACGCUUGCCCUCCCGGAGGCUUCGCUCAACGGGCCGUUCACCCAAACCGCUCAGAACGGCGCGAAUGCUGGUGUCGGUGCAAACGCCUCCGUAGAUCAGAAGCGCAAGCCCAGCCGCCGCGCAAACACCGCCGAACGGCGCGCCACCCACAAUGCCGUCGAACGCCAGCGCCGGGAGACACUCAACGGUCGCUUCUUGAUCCGUCGCCCUUCCAAGAGCGCCAUCGUCAACUCGAGCAUAGCUCACGUUCACGCCUCCCGCAGGCACCGGCUCAUGGCCGCCAGGGAGCUGCGCCUCCUCAAGCUCGAAUCUGACGCCCUUCGCCGGGAGCUGAACGAGUGGCGUGAUCGUGCUGGCCUUCCUCGCUGCGACGAGCCUCCCCGCUCCGAGGCCUUCGCCACGGUCAUGUCCGGCGAGAUUGAGCUCGACCUUUUGCCCCAGGGUUCCCGUCUUACCGAGGAGGACGACGGAGGCGAGUUCUACGACGACGGCGACGACUACCAGCUGUCGCAGCCCAUGCCGAUGCAACAGCAGCAGCAGCCGUCGUUCAACCACCAGAUGAAUCCUGCCGUUAUGGGAGGCUUGAGCUCUAUCGAGGAACAGAUCGCUAUGGAGCAGAUGGAGCUCGACAGGAUGGACCGCAUGCGCAACCCGAUGGCUCACGUCGCGGCCCACGCCCUCCUCAAGUCGAACGCUGCCCAGCAAUACCAGAACGGCGCCGGUGCCAUCCGUAUUUCCCACCCCGGCGCUUCCGUCCAGCUCGAGAACUCGAUCUUCGAGUCGCAUCAGCUCUACCCGCCUGGCCACCCGGCUCACUACGCUGCGCACGCUCCCACCUACGCAGUUCCCGUCCACGGCGUCCCUCAGGUGGAGAAGGCCCCCUCUCAGUACUUCAACGCUCAGGGACAGCACUACCCGCCCACCAGCCCUGUCGCCAUUUCAAUGAUCCAGCGCCAGCAGCAUCUGGGUGGCAUGCACACCGGACAUGUCUACGGCUCCCCUGUCGACGGUGACGACAACGCUAGCGUAACUUCGGGUCCUCCGGGCAGCGCCCACGGCAGCGUCGACGGCACGAUGGGCAUCCAGGGCCGGGCCCGCAGCACCAGUAGCGCGAGUCGCACCAGCGGCUACGCAAGCCCCAGCAGCAGCUUCGAGGUGCCGAGCACCCUCAACGAGAGCGCGAUGGGCAUGAUGAUGAAGCACCAGCACACGAUGACCCCGCCUAUCUCUGUGGGUGGCGGGGGCAACAUGAACGGCGCUUACGCGGCGAUGAUGAUGUAG